AUGGAUCCGGAGUCAAUGGAUACUGAAUACGACGUGAUCGUUCUGGGGACAGGUAUUACUGAAUGUAUUUUGUCAGGGUUGUUGUCAGUUGAUGGUAAGAAAGUCUUGCAUAUCGACAAGCAGGAUCAUUACGGUGGUGAAUCUGCAUCUGUUACUCUUUCGCAGUUGUAUGAUAAAUUCAAGCAGAAUCCAAUCUCCAAAGAGGAAAGAGAGGCCAAGUUUGGUAGAGAUAGGGAUUGGAAUGUGGACUUGAUCCCCAAAUUUUUAAUGGCAAACGGUGAAUUGACCAACAUCUUGGUCCACACAGAUGUGACUCGUUAUGUGGAAUUUAAACAGGUUUCAGGCUCUUACGUUUUCAAGCAAGGUAAGAUUUAUAAAGUUCCUGCCACAGAGAUGGAAGCCAUUAGUUCAAGUUUAAUGGGUGUAUUUGAAAAGCGUAGAAUGAAGAAAUUUUUAGAAUGGAUUGGCUCUUAUGAGGAAGAUGACAUUUCCACCCACCAAGGAUUGGACUUGGAUAGAAACACUAUGGAUGAAGUUUACACUAAAUUUGGAUUGGGUAAUUCUACUAAAGAAUUUAUAGGCCAUGCGAUGGCACUUUGGACUAACGACGAUUAUCUACAUCAACCUGCAAGACCAAGUGUUGAGAGAGUUUUGUUGUACUGUCAGUCAUUUUCUCGUUACGGGAAAUCGCCAUAUUUGUACCCCUUGUACGGUCUUGGAGAAUUACCACAGGGCUUUGCUAGAUUAUCUGCCAUCUAUGGUGGUACCUAUAUGUUGGAUACUCCUAUUGAAAAGGUCGAUUAUAACGAACAAGGUAAAUUCCAAGGUGUUCAGACAAAAUUAGGUCAUUUCCGUGCACCAUUAGUUAUUGCAGAUCCUACUUAUUUCCCUGAAAAAUGUAAGUCAACUGGUCAAAGAGUUAUCAGAGCCAUUUGCAUUUUAGAUCACCCCGUGGCUAGCACUAACAAUGCAGACUCUUUGCAAAUUAUCAUCCCACAAUCCCAAGUGGAUCGUAAAAAUGAUAUUUAUAUCGCAAUUGUUUCAGAUUCUCACCAUGUUUGCGCAAAGGGCCAUUACUUAGCAAUUAUCUCUACGAUCAUCGAAACUGAUAAACCUCAUAAGGAAUUGGAACCGGCAUUCCAAUUGUUAAACCCAAUUGAAGAAAGAUUUAUGGGCAUUGCAGAGUUAUUUGAACCAAAGGAAGAUGGUUCAAAGGAUAAUGUCUACUUAUCACGUUCUUACGAUUCAUCAUCUCAUUUCGAAUCAAUGACUGACGAUGUUAAGGAUGUUUACUUUAGAGUUACGGGUCAUCCAUUAGUUUUGAAAACAAGACAAGAUGGCGAUAACUAG